UUUGUAUGCAAACAUGAAAUGUUUUUUGCAAUGGGAAGUAAUAGCUAUUCAAUUAGGAAAUGCUUAAUGGUUGUUUUUAUAUUAUGAUUGGGAGCUACUGGCUUAUUAUGUCUGAGUUUAUGGACUGCUUAUCCUUUAGCAUCUUAUUUUACCUUUAACAAUGCGAGUCAGUUAAGGACAAAUUGUCAUUUUCAAUGACGGCCUAGGAACAAUGGGUUAACUGCCUUGUUCAGGGGCAGAACGAAAGAUUUUUACCUUGCCAGCUCGGGGAUUCAAUCUGGCAACCUUUCAGUUACUAGUCCAACAUUCUAACCACGAGGCUACAUGCCACCCCCUCAUACUGUGUGUGACUGCUGUCUUUCCAUUGGCCCUAUGCCGUGGUGUAGUGGUGCCUGGAGAAGUGGGUAUACUCUUAAUUUUGCAAAAAAGUUCACAAAGGAAAGGCGCCCUGUGUGAAAAUGUAUAUAUUUGUUAAUGCACUUUCCUUGAACAUUUUUGGAUUUUCACUCAAAAUCACAUUUUUUUAUUUAUAAAUAAAUUGAUGGUCUAUGUCCACAACAAUGUUGAAAGCACAUCAAUCUAAUAGGGUGGGCCUGGCUCCCCAGUGGGUGGGCUUCUGUCCACCCAGGCCCAUCCAUGUCUACGCCCCUGAUGCAAACGGCGCAUGAUGACAAAUGUGCGUCACAAAAAGCCUACUAACCAACACGUCGGACUAAACCUUUUCAAUACAUGGUUGGCAUACCUAUUGUUGCAUUAGUUAGCAUUUACUGGUAGAUAUAAUUAGAUGAAACGUCUUUCCUACCCUACCUGCUGUCCUUUCAGAUUCAUGAACCUGUCACACACCGAAGGCCUAUAGGUUUGCCACUGCGCAAACAUGUCUAUAAUAUAUAUAAAGGCUUUAAAGAUAUUUUUUCAAGAAAGGUGUGUAUAUAUUUGGCCUGGCGAAGCGGUUUUAUGCGCUGACUGAAUGGAAGCUGAUAAUUCGUUUUUUACUCCGCUGGUUUCAGGAAGAAAUUAUGAGUCCUCACUGUCCCGAGACAGAGUCAGUACCGACACCGAGACGAGACCGAGAGUACUACAACACUGUUUAAAAGUCUGUUGAGUUCUAAUGGAGUUGCUAAGAAUGAUAAAUAUCAAUUGUUUAGUAACUGUAGUCUACACAGAAUGAAAAGGCCCAAUUGAUUAAUGUAAAAUGUUUGAUUUCCAUGCAUAUUUACUGUAUCCAUAGAAGUAUUGUAGAUAGGCUGCACUGUGUGGCAAAUGAGGGAAUCUGGCAUGGUCUGAAAUAUCGUAUCUGUACUAUUAUGGCGUCUGAGAGAGCAUGUGCAGUGCCGUUGAGGCCAUCUCCAGUUUGAAGUAGUACAUUUUCUUCUCCUACCACUUCUAUGAGUUGCUAAACAAACUGAAAGGGUGCAUACUGCCAUCUGGAGUCUAUUGUUUGAACAGGUAUAAAGCCAGGGUUGGCGAUUUACUGUUACCUACAGCUAUGGAAUGUUUCCUCAGGUGUAUAAUUAAUUGGAUGAUCCCUCCAGAUGACUUGGAUGGAAUUAUGCGGUCCUUCCUUAUGUGGGCAACCGAGUGGCGCAGCGUUCUAAGGCACUGCAUCUCAGUGCUUGAGGCGUCACUACAGACACCCUGGUUCGAAUCCAGGCUGUAUCACAACCGGCAGUGAUUGGGAGUCCCUAGGACGGCGCUCAAUUGGCCCAGCGUCGUCUGUGUUUGGCUGGUGUAGGCCUUCAUUGUAAAUAAGAAUUUGUUCUUAACUGACUUGCCUAGUUAAAUAAAAAAAAUCCUUAACCCAUAGGAAGUUCCACCCAGUUGACUACUCAAAAUGGUGAAUGUCUUCAAUGGUGCUGCCCAUGUUAAAAAAGUAUUUUGGGCACUAGAGUCCUAUAUCUAUCUAUAUAGAGUCCUAUAUCUAUCUAUAUCUAUCUACUACACUUUGGUAGUUCAUGUACAAAAUAUACUGAACAGAAAUAUAAAUGCAACAUGCAACAAUUUAUGAGUUACAUUAAGGAAAUCAGUCAAUUGAAAUAAAUUCAUUAGGCAUGAAUCUAUAGAUUUCACAUGAAUGGGUAGGGGUGCAGCCAUGGGUGGCUCAGUUUCAUCAGCUAUCCGGGUGGCUGGUCUCAGACAAUCCCGCAGAUGAAGAAGCUGGAUGUGGAGGUCCUGGACUGGCGUAGUUACAUGUGGUUUGCGGUUUGUGAGGCCGGUUGGACGUAGUGCCAAAUUCUCUAAAACGGCAUUGGAGGUGGUUUAUGGUAGAGAAAUUAACAUUAGAUUCUCUGGCAACAGCUCUGGGGCCAAUUGCACGCUCCUUCAAAUGUUGUGACAUCUGUAGCAUUAUGUUGUGUGAGACAACUGCACAUUUUAGAGUGGCCUUUUAUUGUCCCCAGCACAAGGCACACCUGUGUAAUAAUCAUGCUGUUUAAUACUCUUCUUGAUAUGCCACACCUGUCAGGUGGAUGGAUUAUCUUGGCAAACGAGAAAUGCUCGCUUACAAGGGAUGUAAACAAAUUUGUGCACAACAUUUGAGAGAAAUACGUGUUUUGUGUGCAUGGAACAUUUCUGGGAUCUUUAAUUUCAGCUCAUGAAACACGGGACCAACACUUUACAUGUUGUGUUUAUAUUUUUGUUCAGCUUCUGCUAUGAUUUCUGCUAUGAUAGCCCAUUUUCUAAAGUCUUGAGAAAAACAAUGUCUAAAAAUGUGGAAGGUAUAUAGGCUAAGAGUUAUUUGUGGUCACGAAAAACAUGUUUAUAUUGAUAAUUCUGGUACAGAAUGUUUAGAAUAUGGUCCAUAAUCAAUAUGCAUUGAUUCAAAUAAUCAAUUUGAAUUGUGUAUCCAGGUCAUCACUGAUCAUAUCAAACAAUUCCUCAUAGUCUACUGUAUAUGGCUUUUGAAUAUAUACUGUGCGCCCUAGUGUUUUCAGCUACAAACAUGCGGUAAUGCUUUGUGAAACGAUGAGAUUUCUGGUGCAGCAUGUUGGGGGUUUCGCGCAGUGUCAGUGUCACUACAUUACCGCUUGCAUGCAUUUAUUGAAAGAACGGAUUGCAAUGUCAAUCGGAGGAAUGCGCUGAGCUCGGGAACUAUAGAGCAGACACAGGAGGGCCUGAAUUAGCCUCAUCGAUGAGCCAAACUGAGGCAAGUACCUUCGUAUUAUGGUCUAUAUUAGCCUACUAAUGUUAACGCAAAUAUUAUUUGGAUAUUGGUUGUUUUGUUAGGAUAUGUUUUGACCAAAUGGGUGCGGCUUGCUGUAGUUAUUUUACGCGUUGUAAACUUACUGUCAGAAUGUAUAUUCCAUGGGCGCAAUGAAAAUGACAGGGGACCGGAUAGGCGACAUGUAUCUGAUUUGUGUGUGAAAAGUGUAAUUUAGUCAGCAGGCGUAGGAUCAUAUUCAAACCAUCUGCCCAAUAUUGUUUUCGGAAUUGUUGGUGGCAAUAUUACCGUUAUGCGCAUGCAAUAACCUUUUAUUGGGUAGCCUGUUCUAUAGCCUAUAUUUGAUUGUAUACCCUAUAUAUGGCAAAAGAGGCCCUACUUUAUUAUGCUGCGGGUGUGGUGUCAAGCCUGUUCCACUGGUUAGUCGGUCAGCGUGGAGCAGUGCAGAUUCUCAAAUUGGAGUCCUCAUUCAAAGAUUCUGACAUGUUGAUAAAAAAACAACCUAUUUUCUUCCCUAUGUUUUAUCAACGGUUUAUCCUUGAUUCAUCAUGAUUUAACAUUAAACUACUAUUGAAACUGUUACUAAUGUAUAUGCCUCACAACAAGGACCUCCUUAGUUACAGCCCCUUGAAUAGAUAAUGAAGGGCUUGUACUACUGCAUUGAGAGUAACAGCAACAUCUAGGCCCUAAGGACUUGAAAAUACUUGUUCCUCUCCUGCUUCUUGUCAAUGACACAGCUGGUUGAUCCAUAGAAUUAGGAAUCGGAAUACAAAUGAAUGUCAUUUAAAAGGAUUUCUAUGGGUUUACCCAUGAUCACUGGUGGGUCAUAUGUGGGAGAAGGAGAGAGUGAGAGACUAGCCUAUAUAGUCCUUAGUAAUCUCCCAGCCGCUUGUUCCAAACCUAGGAAAGGCUGCUGGUGUCAAAUGGAUGUCGCUGGUUUGGUUCCACUGUCAAUCAAUAGCAGGCCAAUAAAAACUUUCCAAUCUCUGAGGCCUAUAGAGCCACUGGACCUUUGUGGCCGUGGUCACUUUCUGCAUGCCUCGGGCAGAUCCGGUCUGUCUAGGUAAGACACGACUGUUAUUGUCAUCCUCUGGGUUUCCCAGCAACGAGUUACCACGCAUGUUAAUCGAUCGGAAGACUAACCUACAUGGUCUUACCGGUGUAGUUGUAUGUGCUUUGUUAUGGCACUCAAUUGGAAUCGGGGGAAAAAAGCCCUAUUAUUGAUGUGGCAUUUUGCAGAGAUGGUUGCAAGUGCUGGAGUACUCAUUUGUGUGUGUGUCAUCCCCACCCCAGAUGGAGAUGUCUGCGGGUCCAGCGGGGGGCACGCAGAGGACUGGUACGGUGAAGGGGAAGAUGUGGGGGGGCCUGAGGCAGCAGUGGAAGCUACUGGGCCUGUUUGAGAUUGACCAGCAGCACGAGUUCUACAGCCUCACCUCUAUGAUGAAAGAAGGCCUCUCUGCAGCCGUGCAGAACACCAUCGACAACCCACCACCGGAUGAAUUGUCGGAAGAUGACUACAGAUUGGAGGUCACUCAAAUACAUAAGGACUUCAGAAUGGAGACGUUUGCAGGGCCAGUGUUUGCCAGCUUGCGUCGCUCCCUGGGGAUGACAGAAAAGGAGUAUCAGCACUCUCUCUCCGACGAAGGUUCCUACCUGCAGUUCAUCAGCAACUCCAAAAGCAAGGCCGACUUCUUUCUCACGAACGAUAAGCGGUUCUUUCUGAAGACCCAGAACAAGAGAGAGGUGCAAUUCCUCCUGUCCAACCUAAGAAUCUACAUGGAGCACCUAGAGAAGUAUCCUCAUUCACUGCUGGUCAAGUUCUUAGGUGUCCACAGGAUCAAAAUCCCGCAUAGGAGGAAGAAGUACUUUAUUGUAAUGCAGAGUGUUUUUUACCCUGACGAUCGAAUCCAUGCCAGGUAUGACAUCAAGGGUUGUGAGGUGAGCCGGUGGUCAGCCCCAGCCCCAGAGGGAAGUCAGGUUAUCGUUGUCCUCAAGGACUUGAACUUCGAGGGCCAGUACAUCACUCUGGACCAGCAUCGUCCAUGGCUGCUCCGGCAGGUGGAGAUUGACACGUCGUUCCUGCAGAGACUCAAUGUGCUGGACUACAGCCUCCUGGUGGCUCAUCAGCCCCUGCACCAGGAUGAACGCCACCAGUGCCUGUCCUUCGCCACCCUUAUCAUGCGCACUAAAAAGUCCUGGUCUUUCUUCAGGACAAAACCAAUGACUUCCAGGUCAGUGAUCACAUGCUCAAGCCCCACCCAUGCGGGAAUGCCCACAGUUCCGGGGGCGGUCCCAGAGGAAGAUUCCGCCCUGUUGGUAUCAGAGAUGGACGGCGGGACAGGAAGUUGCAGAGUUACUGAGUCACAGGUAGGAAGUGACCUGGGCAGUGCCCCUUCCGGGAGACCCUGUACUGAGCAGCCGGUGGGAACGGUCACGGAUUCGAUGGAACUGCGAGACUUCCAGGCCCAGAACCGCCGGCUGCUGCCCAACUUCAGAAACCCGCUGCACGUCAUUGACGGACCGGAGCAUCGCUACUUUGUGGGCAUCAUCGACAUCUUCACUGUCUACAGCUUCAAGAAGAGGUUGGAGUAUUGGUGGAAGAGACUGCGGCACCCAGGGCAGGCCUUCUCCACCGUCAGCCCCCCCGCUUACUGCCAUAGGCUCUGCCAGUGGGUACAGGACCACACCAGGUAGACUCAGAAAGAGGAGAGGAUGAGGAUGAGGAUGGUUACUCUCACUAGCACACUGUCUGCCCAGGGACACACAUGCACGCAAAUACACACACACUAGCAACUGUGUCGCUGUUCAGAGACAUAAAGCUAUUCUUUUAAAGCGCUGUAAUUUCAGAUUGACCAAGAGGCAGUUAUUUUCACAUUUCCACAUGUCCAGACCAAAGCCAAAACGAACAUAAACCAUUAUAUGGAAAUAUAUUCACCACCGGGUUCUCCCUCUUCAUAUUCUUUCAUUUUUCUUAAGUAACAAAGAAAAAGGUGCAACAUUUAACAUCUAGUGCUAUGAAUUGAUUAGCUGAUUUUCCAAAGUAUAAGUUUAGUUAGUUAAUCAAUAAUGAAAACAAAAAUGAUUUCGCAAAUUUGCCAUCUGUUUUUUUUAUAUAUAUUUUUUUACGUUUGACUCCUAUGGAUUUUUUUUCUCCCAAUUUAACUUUGACGUUUUGAUACCUGUUGUAUAUUGUUGUAUGUUUUUUUUAAAUGCCUUUCUUACGCACUUCUCAGUAGUUGGUAUUCAGACUUACCUUAUGCAGGUGCGUGAUGGGCUUUGCAGUCGUGGUUGACUUGCGCGCGCUGAAUACAUGUAUCUUUAAAUACGGUGCUGAAUACAUACACCUUUAAAUACGGUGUACCUUUCAUUUUGACGACACUCACUAGAAUGGGUUCAGAAUAUAAGGAUCAAUGAAUGAAACCCAUCUAAAGAUAUGCAUAUUCGUGUCCAUUUCAGGACCAACUAGUCGACCAACUAGUUUAUUUAGGCACAUUUUGGGUUAAGAAUGUAUAUAUGAAUUGUAAAAAGGUACAGGGUUUGGAGAGCCUUUACACACUAAAUACAGUGCAUUCGGAAAGUAUUCAGACCCCUUGACUUUUUCCAAAUUUUGUUACAUUACAACCUUAUUCUAAAAUGGAUAAAACAAUCUACACACAAUACCCCAUAAUGAUUUUUGCAAAAUGUAUAAAAAAAAACUGAAAUAUAACAUUUACAUAAGUAUUCAGACCUUUUACUCAGUACUUUGUUGAAGCUCCUUUGGCAGCAAUUACAGCCUCGACUUUUCUUGAGUAUGACGCUACAAGCUUGGCACAUAUGUAUUUGGGGAGUUUCUCCCAUUUGUUCUCUGUGCAUCAUCUCAAGCUCUGAAUAGGGAGUGUUGAGGCACAGCUAUUUUCAGGUCUCUCCAGAGAAGUCCGGGCUCUGGCUGGGCCACUCAAGGACAUUCAGAGACUUGUCCCGAAGCCACUACAGCGUUGCCUUGGCAGUGUGCUUAGGGUCUUUGUCCUGUUGGAAGGGGAAACCUCACCCCAGUCUGAGGUCCUGAGCGCUCUGGAGCAAGUUUUAUAAAGGAUCUCUUUACUUUGGUCCGUUCAUCUUUCCCUCGAUCCUGACUAGUCUCCCAGUCCCUGCCGCUGAAAAAUAUCCCCACAGCAUGAUGCUGCCACCGCCAUGCUUCACCAUAGGGAUGGUGCCAGGUUUCCUCCAGACAUGAUGCUUGGUAUUCAGGCCAAAUAGUCCAAUCUUGGUUUCACCAGACCAGAGAAUCUUGUUUCUCAUGGUCUGAGAGUCCUUUAGGUUCCUUAUGGAAAACUAAUUUUACUGAGAAGUGGCAUCCAUCUGGCCACUCUACCAUAAAGUCCUGAUUAGUGGAGUGCUGCAGAGAUGGUUGUCCUUCUGGAAGGUUCUUCCAUCUCCACAGAGGAUCUCUGGAGCUCUGUCCGAGUGACCAUCGGGUUCUUGGUCACCUCCCUGACCCAGGCCCUUCUCCCCUGAUUGCUCAGUUUGGCCGGGCAGCCAGCUCUAGGAAGAGACUUGGUGGUUCCAAACAUCUUUCAUUUAAGAAUGAUGGAGGCCACUGUUCUUGGGGACCAUCAAUGCUGCAUCAUUUAUUUUUUUUGUCUCAGAGCUCUACGAACAAUUCCUUUGACCUCAUGGAUUGUUUUUUUCUCUGACAUGCACUGUCAACUGUCAACUGUCAACUGUCAACUGUCAACUGUCAACUGCAGUUUAGAAAAUGCUGUCAUAAUGCUGUGCUGAUAAACAUUUACAAUACAUACAAUCAAGUUGUAGAAACAUCUCAAGGAUGAUCAAUGGAAAGAGGAUGCACCUGAGAUCAUUGCGAAGGGUCUGAAUACUUAUGUAAAUAAAGUAUUUUUUUAAAAAACAUUUGCAAAAAUUUCUAAAAACCUAUUUUUGCUAUGUCAUUUUGGGGUAUUGUGUGUAGAUUUAGGUGCAUUCAUUGGUGCGGCAGGUAGCCUAGUGGUUAGAGCGUUGGACUAAUAACCGAAAGGUUGCAAGAUUGAAGCCCCGAGCUGACAAGGUAAAAAUAUGUUGUUCUGCCCCUGAACAAGGCAUUUAACCCACUGUUCCUAGGCCAUCAUUGAAAAUAAGAAUUUGUUCUUAACUGACUUGCCUAGUUAAAUAAAGAUACUAAAAUAAAAGAUUGAUCAGGGAAAAUGUUUAUUUACUCCAUUUUAGAAUAAGACUAACAAAAUGUGGAAAAAGUCCAGGAGUCCCAAUACUUUGUGAAUGCACUGUAUAUUGAUGGAUAGAAAAUACAGUGGUUUGAUUCAUCGUGAAAGUUUAAGUUCAAUCCAUGAAAUAUUGGAAGGUGUAAAAAAAAAAGUGUACAAUAGGGGUUGAACAAUAGUCCUAUAAAUCUACCCUAUCAUCACUAAUCGUGGAACUGUAUGACAAUGGUCCAGUUGUGGUAGACCGUGCACCAGGCUCCAGGUUUAACCUGCUACGAGUGGCCUGAGUUCCAUAAUGAUUAAAAUGUCCACAGUGUUAGCCUAAUAUGAUCCACUAAUGCUCGCGACCCUCAGGAACAACAUCACGGACGUGACAGAGGAAAGAAAGGUCAACGGAAUGGAAUGAUGCAAAAUGUAGGAAAUUGACAGUUAGAAAUGUUGUGGGUAUUACGGAUGAUGGCUCCCAAUUGUGGCUAAUAUUUAACAUGGUACAAAUUGUAAAACAAAACGUAGAAAAGCGCGGGCAAAGAAUUAUAACUAGAAUCAUAAAUCAAUUCGGUAGGUUGGGUGCUAUACUGUCAUUUGCGCAUUGGCUAUAAAAGCCUAUACUAAAGCUUGGGUCUCUAUAUUUAAUUCCUGCAAGUUAUAAGGCCAUCAUUUUAUAAACUUCACUGUGUGAAAGUUGACAUGUUGAUUUGCUUCAGUUUGCUGCCAUGACUGGUUUCACAUUUGUCUCCAGCGAUCAUAAUAAGAUAAUAUAGAUCUAAAACAAGUAUUAUUUAUAUUUACAAUCCCCUUAUCCAAAUGGUUUACUCAUUUCCUUACCUCUGAUCAAUAGCUCUUAUCAAUUUCUAAAUUACAGUGCAUGGAGAAUGCUGUUAUUUCAUUCGCAAAAAGAAAGUAAAUGCUUUUUCCACUUGGAACAGGUGGGUUUGCUCGACCUUAUUCAUAGUUUCCUCCCGCAGAAAGGUGGUGAAAUGAUGAGUUGAGUUAAGUCAAGCUCAGAAUAUGGCGUAUCUGUAGGCAUACCUCCGCCACACCUUCAUUUCUUAGAUCUGCACCCUGAACGAAUAGCGGGUGAAUAGCAUGCUAUUCUACUUCCCCAGAGUCUGAUGAACUCUGUGUGGAAGUUAGAGGUCAUUUUGUGAGCCAAUGCUAACUAGUUUUAGUGCAAUGACUAGAAGUACAAUAUAUGGGUAUCUAGUAGCAUGCUAGCAGAUACCUAUAGACUUCCAGUCAUUGCGCCCAUGCUAGUUAGCAAUUGCGCUAGCGCUAGUUAGUAACUUCCUUCAAACUGCACCAUUGCCAAAAUACCAAAGUAUCCCUUUAAGUUCAAUGUCAGAAUACAUAUAGAGAGAAAAAUGCAUAAAAAGGGCAUUUUGUUCCUUUUACGCGCGCAUAACUCUGGUCAGAAUUCCACCCCCAAGUGAAUAUACUCUCCUGAUACCACUGUGCAUGACUGUGGUUCUGCAGUAUAUUAUUUAUUUAUUCUUUGUGCAGUUAUGGCAAGGUCAGCAUAAAGGGGUAAUGUUUAAAAAUGCUGACAAACAGCUGUCAUUUUAUACGACUGCCUAGUGGCGCAGCGGUCUAAGGCGCUGCAUCUCAGUGCAAGAGGCGUCACUACAGUCCCUGAUUUGAAUCCAGGCUCUAUCACAUCCGGCCGUGAUUGGGAGUCCCAUAGGGCGGUGCAUAAUUGGCUCAGCGUCGUCCGGGUUUGACUGGGGUAGGCCAUCAUUGUAAAUAAGAAUUUGUUCUUAUCUGACUUGCCUAGUUACAUUAAAUAAAUAAAUAAAAUUGUUAUUCUGAUGGUUUUUACGUUCUAGCUUAUUUUUGACUAGGUAUGAACUUGGGACACCCUAGGUAAGUUGAAAACAAGCUAAAACUUGUGAACUAUCCUUUUAAUGCUAUGUUGCCUCGGCAGAGAUAUUACUUACACUGUCCAAUUUUACAGCAAAAUGCAGGCUACACACUUGGGGCCUCGAGUUCUUAGUAUUUGCUGUUGAAAAUAUAACCCAAAUGUGAUUUACACCUGCUCAAGUGCGCCUGUCAGUCAGGUAAAUAUGUGGAUAUCAGAGUUUUUUCACAUUGACUGGGUCAGAAUUGUUUUUGAAAGUAAGGCACUGUAUUUACAGGGUUUUAGUUGUCGCUGGAAAAAAUUAUAAAUACCCUGAUUUAAGGACUGGGAUAUGUGGGGACCACAUGUUCACUAAUGUAGCCUACUUCAUUGAUACAGUAAGGGUGUGGAUUGGCAACUCCAACUCUCUCUUGGCUCUUGUUUAACCCUACCCCUUGUUUAACCCUACCCCUAAGUCAUGUUUGUGCCUUCUGCCUGCAAUAGGUAUGUGCUGAAACCUUUUCUCAAUGCAUAAAUAACUUUAAGAGUUAA